CCGAAACUAAAAGUUAGAGUUCGUUAUGUGAAAAGACCAUUUCUCAAUGCUGUAAACCAAAGCUUACAACUUCUGUCUUAUUUAUCGGUCAGUUUGAGAUUCAGAAACAAGAAUGUCUCACACUGUCAUAUCUGUGAACUCUUCAACGCUCAUCAUCCAGUUUCAACCUGCAACACAAACAGCUCCUGAUACGACAGCGACAAAUGCUCCUGUGCCUGUUUAUGUACAACAGGUGGUGGGAGCUUCACAUCUUCAUGGAUUUAAGGCAUUUCUGAAACACCAACCAAAAGCCCUCGGGACGGUCCAGAUAAUGAUCGGUGUGUGGACUCUCCUGUUUGGCAUUGUGUCUUCAGUUCUUGGAGAAUCAGUCUUUGUCUAUACUGGUAUUGUUUACUGGGGAUCUCUCAUCUACAUCAUCACAGGCUCACUCUGCAUUGCUGCAGAAAACAAAAUUAAUUCACCCUCCAGUUUGAGUUUGGUGAAUGCUUCGCUUGGAAUGAACAUUUUUUGUAUUAUAACUUCAAGCAUUGCCAUAAUUUUCAUUUCACUGGAUUUGGUUAAAGGUCCAGGCAUGUACUGCAGGGGUUAUAACUGUAAUUUAGAGAGUAAUUAUAAGAUGCUCUUCAGGGGAAUCAGAGGUGUAUUGCUGUUAUUUGCCGUGCUUGAGUUUAUCAUCUCCAUCUAUCUGUCAGCAUUUGCCUGUAAAACCAACCCCUGCUGUUGUCCUACUCAGAUACCUGAGGCCAGCAGCUCUUCCAUUCAUCACCCGCCUGCAAACGCUCCUCCACAAUACAGUGAAUGCAAUCAAUAUGAAUAAGUGAACAGUAUUCCCUUAUUAAACAUAAAGGUAUGGGGUAUGGGAGGGAGGGAGGGGGUCCUAAUCGUCUGGCCUAAAUAUACAAAGGAGAUGAUACCCCCAUCCAGAGUCUCUCCAGGCCAUCAAUUCAAGAUGCCCAGAUCAACCUGACUAUUCAUUCACUCAACUAUUCAAACUAUUAUUUACAUAUUGGUCCAUGCUCAUGAACAUGCUCUUAUAAUCAAACAGUCAUCAGUUUGGACUCUGGAUGAGAAGAAAUCUAUCAUUUAAAAGAUACAUACACCAAAGGUCAAUGUGAUUGCCAUUUUGAGUAAGUAGGAUGUAAUAUUUAAAUAAAUGUUUACUUCAAUUUCAGCUGUGCAAGUUCAUAAUCACUGUGAAAUGCCAGUGUGACAAUGAUACAUGGAUCUAAGACAAGACGUCACCAUUUUGGAGUCUGCAUCAAAUCAAGUUUACAAAAGUCGUUUCAUAUACUUAAAAUUACAUAUUAAAUACAAGUAAAGUGUCUACUUUAAUUUUUCAGUUAACUUUGGUGAAAGUAAAAUGUCAAAAUAUGUGGAAAUAAUAUUCCAAAGUGUAAAAUUGUCAUUCAGUGUAAUGGUCCAGACUUUGAUUUUACCAUUACAGCUUUAA